GCGGACGAGGAUGCAAGCCAGCACUCCGGCGCUGACGCCGAUUCGGAGUUCACGUCGGCCAUUUACGGUGAGAUGGCCAAGUCGCCACGAAGCAUCAUCACCGAGGAGGAUGUUGCUCACGGCGGUGGAGCAACAGGUGACUCCAGCUCCACCACGAAUGUUGGCGGCAGCGCCAACGUAGUCCCCAUGGAUACCUCCAACCCGCUGACGUCUUCCGUCCCGGCUUCAUCUGCAUCGGCGGCUACCACGGCUAUCAAUGCCCCUCCUGCAGGCAAGAAGUCAAAGGCAAACAACGCCGCGACACGUCGUCAUCUUAACCUUGGCGUUGGGGGCUUCCGUGCCAGACCUACUCGCGUGUACCAG